AGAAGUUGCUUAUUUGGAUUUAAAAAAUAACCUUUAAUUAAGAAAAGCAAACAAGAGCAAUAGAAGUAGGCAACGAAAGCAAUGAACCAAGAGCCAAACUGUAAUUUUAUCUUUGAGGUUUUUUUGACUCGUCUUAAGACAAAUCAAAUACAAAUCAAGAAUCCACAAAAUCUUAAAGUAACUGUUAGAUUUAAUGAUUUGCCGGUGCAUAUAACACAAAGUCGCAUCAAUGUAACCGAUUUCAAACCCGAAUCUAGUAUUGAGUUCAAUGUGUCGGCAAAAAAGCUACGUGACAACAUUGAGAAAUGUGGGAUGCCCGUGUCGGUUAUGUAUAACAAUAUAACCAUUGGCACCACUGUUGUCAGCUUUCCCAAAUCCUUCAUCGAAAGCAUUAACCAUGACAUGAGUGAUCUCAUGCACUCCGAAUACUGUAAAUUUACCAAGGCAGGUGAAGAAGUUGGCACAUUAGAGUUCCUUUUUCGUCUAUAUUUAAAAUGCGACGAAAAUACCAGGAACGAAGAUAGAGAGUGUCGCACCAACAUGGACCAAUGCAUCAGCCCACAAGAUAUCAUGUUUAUUAUGGGGGAAAACCAGGCUUGCCCAGACCCCUGCGGUCUUUGUCCAGAUGUAUUGAUGUCAGAAGAGGAUGACGAGCGUCUGGAACUGGAUUUGGAACGCUAUCGCAGCUCCAAACCUGUUCGACGCCGGACAGCGGACCACCUGAUAAAUAAUCCAAAUGCCACUUGUGUGAUGAAGAAUAUGGCACGGGAAUGUGAGCAAAUUGUUGACUCAAUUUUCAAGAGCACCGCUCAGACUCAGCUUUUUAAGCCACUGAAGAAAUCCCACUGCGUCCACAAUGUCGAUCCUCUGUUGGAGACUCCACUCGGCCGAGAGACUUUUCCCUGUUUUUCGUACCUCCCAGAGCAGCAGUCCAAGAUAGUUGAUCUCUGUAACCCAAAACAAAUGCCUGUGCCGAUUAGUGAUCUUGAAAAACCACUAAUCAGGCCUACACGAUUCUGUCCGGUCUGCCUGACCAAUAUGUCAUGGUUGCCAAAAUUUGCUGCCUGUCCCAAUUGUGGGGUCAAGCCAACGCCGGUGAUUGAGGAACGUCAUAAGGAAAAGAAACUAACUGCUGAUCAAAUACUAAACGAUUAUUUUGGUAAACAACCAGAGUCUUUUGAUGAUUAUUCUGGAGAUCGAUGUGCAAAGACCGCUAAGGGCAAGUCUGAAGAUCAACAAGCCGGCUGUCGAUGCACGUGCAACGGCGGCAAGGUCUGUGCCCACUGUCGCAUACGUGAACUGUGCCUUGACAUCUUUCAGGGUAAUGAACAGGUCGUUGGGUGUCCUAAAGUGAAGCCUCAAUCCUCUGAGGACUUUUGCGUGAUAAACACCAACUUACGGGAGUGUCGCCCACAUUUGGCACGCGUAUUCUCCGAGCUGCAAGACCUCUACAACAUCAGGAAAUCGGCACUAGCAUCGAACCAAGAUAAGCAUUGCCAGAACACUGAAUCACACAAAGAUAAAUCCCAACAGCCUGAUGAUAACACAUUGGCACGUUCCUUAUCCACCAGACGUGAAAAAAAUAUCAAGAAAAACACUACUCGAAAAUCAUUGAAAACAACCGGCGAGCAAGCGCUGUCAUCAAUCAGAGCUAGACACAAGUCCUGCCUUAGUCAACAGGGAACUGUUUCUCGUCGCCACGGCUGGAACUGGACCUGCACCCAUGAGGCCCGCAUGUACGGCUGGCGGCCCGGCUUCAUUCGGAAGCCCAUUCAAAAGCUGAUGAAGUUUUUUUUGCAUUAUUUGCCAAUGAAAAAUGAAUUGAACAUCUCAACUAAAAUAGAAGAGGCUGAGAAGCAAAAGGAACGCCAGCUGCCAAUUCUCAAUGUGUGCAAAAAGAAUGGUGAAAUCUUUGUAACACUGCGAGCAGUCAACAACUCAAAUGUGGAGAUGCAACCUAUUAAGUUCAAGAUAGUGAAAAGCGAUCUGGCUAUAGCACUCAGAGCGAUAAAAAGGAAACUCAUUGACAAUGGUUUUCCCAAGUGCACCUGCCACAAGACGGUGAUGAUGUGCAUCUGUCGCAACUACAUGGAGAAGAAGCAUCUCGAGUACGCUCUGCAUAAAGAAUGCAAGCAUCGGGGCAUGGAGGACUGUGUAAAUGAUCUGGUGUUCACAGAUACCAGUGACAGCGAGAUGGAAUUUGACUUCGAUGUUACACCGCCGAUGGACGUGGCGAAGCCAAGACCAAUCGCAGUUGACCGUGCCACCCAAACACAUAAAAAGGAUCUCGAUGUACCGCCUACAUAUCCAAUCAAACACAGCCCCUUCUGGGGCACCUAUGACUGUGCUGCUGGUGAUCGUUACACAUCCACAGCAUUUGGUGCGCCAGGAGAAGAAGUAUUUGAGGAUGGCGUAUUUGGAAAUAGGGGAGGAGGUCCACACGCUGCAUAUGCCACUCCGAGGGACAGACCCAAAAACAAAAAUAUUUGGGGUGCCACCUCUGGACGGCCUAUGUAUGGUGCUGGACUUUUUCCUUACGGAAAUCCGAAAAGCCCAAAUGGCAAGACUGAGCCGAUUCCCGUGAGAAUGACUGGUCACUUAUUGAGAAUGGCAGAAAAUGUUGUCAAAGCUAAACAAGUUGUACAGAAGAGCAAUACCAUGGAUAUGAUGAAGUAUUUGAAGAAACACGGUGCCUUCUCGAACCCCAUGAUUGGCCCGGACGGACUAACCGAUUCCAAACGUAGGCGUCGUGCCCUCCGACUUGUACCCAGGACACCCAUCGAGUUUGUGACCCGCCUUGGUAAGGACUGUAAUCCCUGUGCAGACCAAUGCUGCAAUCCGUGUACCACAGGUUUUUACUAUUGCUAGUCUUGAGUAAAUAUAUCUAACAAAAUGGUCAGAAUGUGUGAUAUAGUACUAUUUAUAUUAAAUAUAUGCACAUACAAAGCGUAUA